AUGGUUCGCUCAAAGCGCGCCGACAGUGUUGCACACUCUAUUUAUGACAGAAUUGGCAUAUUGUUCAAUAAUAGCGGCUCGUCUCAUCAAGCUCUCUCUUUUGCUCUUCUGCACCCUGUACGUUCCUUGUACCCCAAACCUCGAAGUCGCACCAUGUCAACGUCAAUUCACGAAGCCGCUGGCUAUAAGCCGGAGCCAGAGCUUGACGAAACCAUGACUGACCUUGCAUUUAGAAUCAUCUUCAUCCAUGGUCUGAGCUCGCCUUGCACUAAUGAUGCGGGAAGAUAUGACAAGAGUGAAGCAGUGGGACUAAAGCCAAUUAAGUCGCCAUUCGAGCUUCCGCAAACGACCGCAUAUACAUUCUAUCACGGUGACAAUCUUUUGGACAACGUGAACAAUAUUCCCGAAGCAGCAAAGGCACUUUGUACUGCACUUGGUGAUGAAGGCAAUCGAUCACCCUCCUUUCUUAUUGUGGACGUCGCCCACGAAUGA